CGCAUGCGCAUCUAUGACCUUCGAAGCGCUCGGGAAGUCAGGCCACCGGUUUCCUCUUCCCAGAUCUUGGAAGAGGCAUGUUUGCCCACCUAACAUAGCCUGGUGGGAAGAGCCAAGGUAAAGUGAGGACACCUGCCGUAUCUACCUCAUGGAGUGUUCUUAUGAAGAUCAAGCAAGUCUUUAAAUAUCACCUGGAGGAACCCAUACCUGGUAGAACUUGGAAUUUGUGCCCUUUUCGUAUGGCUGUACCAGAGAACAUAAAUGAAACUUCAGAUUUACCACCUCAGAGUAGUGGCCGUGAUGAACAGUCAAGACUCCCUGUUGAACUGGGCGUAUUGGAUUUUGUGUAUUGCUGGGAGGAACUAAUAGUGGAAGGGGUACAAUGGCAGACUAGUGAAUCUGGUGUCCUGUGUCCCCCUUUGCUGUCUCGUUUCGAUUGUACCCUCCAGUCAUCUUGGAAGCAACGGAUGGAACAAGGAUUGUUUCGUUACUGCCUUGGGGAACUGCAAACCCAAAUCCUACCUGGCCCUCUGGGUUUUGUGGCUCAGCUGAAUGUAGAGCGGGGUGUACAGAGAAGAUGCCCUCAGAACAUCCAGAGUGUGAGGCAGGCAUUUGACCCUCAGCAGUUCAAUUUCAAUAAGAUCCAUCCAGGAGAAAUCCUCUUCCGCCUGUGCCGAGAACCAGGCUUUCCGAUGGCUCUCCAGUGCACUGAGGUCCUGGUAAUCAUCAAUGUCAGUCCCUUGGAAUGGGGACAUGUGCUGUUUGUGCCAGAGCCAACCCAAGGGCUCCCACAGAUCCUCUUGCCACACCCAUUACAGUUUGGGGUGGAGGCCGUCAUGCUUAGCACCCAUCCUGGCUUCCGAGUGGGUUUCAACAGUCUAGGGGGCUUGGCUUCUGUCAACCAUUUACAUCUGCAUGGUUACUACCUAGCCCAUAAACUGCCAGUAGAGACUGCGCCAAGCCAGCCACUAGAUCCCAAUGGUCAUAUCCACCUACUAAAAGGACUCCCAGCCUCUGGUUUCCUGUUUUAUGUGGAUGAGCCAGGACCAAAGUUGGAGGCACUGGUAGACAGGGUCUGCCAGGUCACCAACUACCUCGUUGACCGGGAGAUUGCACAUAACUUAUUUGUGACCCGGGGGGCUCCGCCUGGAAACCCACCAUCCUCAUUGGCCUAUGCUGGUGUCCGGGUCAUCCUCUGGGCCCGGAAGUCCAGCUUUGGGGUUAAAGAAGGGGAGGCUUUCAAUGUAGCACUCUGUGAGCUGGCAGGACACCUGCCUGUUAAAACAUCCCAGGAUUUCCACAGCUUGACCGAAGCUUCAGCUCUGAAUCUCAUUCAGCAAUCUCUGCUGCCUCCAUCCCAGUUUUUACAACUUCAAGAAGCACUGGUGUCCCUCCUGGCAUAGCAUAGUAGGUGCUUUCCCUGGGUGAUAUUUCUUUUCUAAUUUAUCUUGUUCCUCCCUCCUUGGAGUGUUUCACUUGUCAUGACUGCUCAAAAAGCCUUUAGUGACCCCUAUUGUUUUAAGGCUAUAGUACAAAUUCCUUAGAGGUCUGGCGUUCAAAGCCCUCCACACUCUCAUUUCCAACCUACUUUUCCAGACUUACUUCAGAUUAAUUCCCUAUAUGCCUUCUCAUUGUCAGCCAAACUGGACUACUAGCCAGCUGUUGAGCUAGUAUUCCCAACCUCGAAGUUCCACACAUCCCUCGGUGCUUGGAAUGCCUUCCCUGUUCAUUGCUGCCUUUCACAAUCCUUGCCUUCCUGCAGCUUAGGUGCUGUUUCCUGCAAAGGAUCCUGCAGGAUCCUUUCCUGAUCCAUUCCCCAUCCCCUUUGUGUUCUAUUUAUUUGUGUACGUGAAUCUAAGUACUUGAAGGCAGAGGCAGCACCCUGCACAGCACCCAUGCUUAAUAAAGGUUUCUUCUUAAUAAAUGUAAUACACAUAUGUGUACACACACACACUCUCCUCUCUCUGGUCUCCAUCACGGGGAGGAGGAAUCUGUCCAAUAAACCCUUUCCCUAUC